UAUUAGACAACUUGUUUUAAUUACAUUUAUAAUUCAAUUCAAUAUCAUCUCUGUAAAUUGUAAAAUUAAAAAAAAUGUAUACUUUAAUUAUUUUAUUGGAGUAGUAGAUUAUAUGUGUACUCAUAAUAAAUGGCAGUCUAUAACAAAUUUUAAAUUAAAUUAUGAUUCGAUUGGAACAUUAAGUGUACCAAUAUUAUUAAUGCAAAAAUCCAACAGAAAUGAUAGGCUAAAUAUUUUCUAUAAUAUUCUUAAUAUUUAUAAUUAUAGUUAUAAUGAAAUAAUUUUAAAAUUCGUGGAAUUGUUAAAUAUUGUUGUUAAUAAAUGUUUAAAUUUUUUUGAGGCUAAUUUAAUGGAAAAUUUUUUUAAUUGUUCAUUUUUACUCGAAAAAGCAGUAAAAAAUUCAUUGAAAAUGUUUGAAAGUUUAUAUAAUGCUAUCAAUUUUUUAAGCUAUAUAGACUUAAAUUUAAGAAACUAUAAACUAGUCUUUAUCAAGUUUGAAGCUAACACGUUCAAUGCAGUUGACGACAUUUAUAAGAUAAAAAACCAUAAAUAUUUAAAAAUAAAACGGAACGAGUGUCUUUAUGGUAAUAUUCAAGAAUUUCUUGAUGUAAAAGAGUUCAUUGAUGAUGUAUAUAAUAUUGCAAAUAACUUUUUCGAGAAGAAUAAAUCUAUAGUAGAUAAUGUUGAGAAAAUUAAUUUCAAGGCUAUUUAUGAAAUGGAAUACUCGUCACACAAUAAAGAUUUCCCAUGUUUUGUUUCUUUUAUGUAUCGUAAGAUCAAUUCGUUUUACACUGAAACCAUUAAGAAUAAUUACGAGGAUCUUGGAUUUAUUCAAUUGAUAAAUCCAACAAUUCCUAAAUUAAAACCUCCUAAAGACGAUAUUAUUAAUCAAGAAAUGGGAAUUUCAAUACUUAAUACUCUAUUUAGUGAAGGUAGUUGGAGUUCAUUUAGCCACAUAGAAAUACAAUAUGAUGAUUUCAAAAUAAGUGCCGAACGUGUGAUAAGAGACUUAGUGACAGAUCAUAAUUUUCAUCUUAAAAAACAUUACUUUACACGAAUUGUAAGGUGUAGAUUUCUUGAAGUGCUUGUGAAUUACAAUUCAUCAUUAUCUGCUUUAAAAAUUAUGUGUAAAAAUGAAAAAUAUCAAGUAAACUCAUUCGACUAUGUGAAAUGUGUAACAUGUCUUUUUGAUGCAAUCAAUGAUACAGCGAAAAUUUUCGAUUUUAUGUUGACAAUUAUAGAAAAAAUAAAAUUAUCCGCGAUUUGGCAACCCAUUAAAGAAGUUAAAUCAUAUUCUGAUUUACUUUCAACUUACAAUUUAAUAUAUAAUUAUGUAGUUGAUCUGAAAACUAAGAAUGUAUUACGAUAUAUGUUUGUAAACAAUCCUAAAGUAAACACAGAAAAAUUAGCUGAUGAUUACAUUAAAAAUUUUGAAAAAACAAGAUAUAAAUUUACCAAAACAAUAAUAACAUCAAAACAUUCGGAAAAAAAUAGAUGUUUUUUAGAUGGUUUAUUACUGACUAAGGAAGAAAUGUUAAUUAAAUUUAAGAAUAAUGCAAAUAUUAUUAUUUCAAAGUCAAAUGAGUCACGUGUUACCAAUUAUGAACUCAUUUCAAAAUAUUUAAAUGACUUUUGUGGAAAUUUUAUUAAUACUGAUUAUGUAGAUACAGGCUUUUAUAAUAUACAUCCAAAUUAUUUUUGGCUAUGGACAUAAUCUAUUUCAGUUUAUCAAAGCGAAAUAUAAAAUUUAAGUAACCGAAAUAUAAAUAUUAUAUUUAAUUAGUUAUUCUGGUAUAUAAAGUAUGGCCACUUCUAUCAAAAUAAU